GCUAAGUAUCUGAUAGAGACGGAAGGAGUCAGCCCAGGGUUCAGGGGAACGGACGGUGCCACUCCUCUCCAUUCAGCCGCCAGAGGAGGCCACCUCACUGUGGUCAGCUAUCUGGUCGACGAGCAGGGAGUUGAUCCAUCCAGCAGGGACAGAAACCAACUCACUCCUCUCGACUAUGCGAAAAAUGAUGAUGUUAAAAAUUUUCUUGCAAGUCGUGGUGCCAAAGGGUCUCAGCAGAAGAAGUUUCAGCCUGUAACCCUCCCGAACGCAACUUCGCUGCUUAGCAAGCAGCAGUCUCAUCCUAAACCUGAGCUGCGACGGCCUUCCUUGGUGCUGCCCAACGGAGAAAUGUCAACAGGG